AUGGAGAUUGAAAGCAUGGUGGCAAAUAGUGCUCUUAUUAAAGCCAGAGAAGGCGGAGGGAGCAAAGGAAGGAGCUGGAGAUGGAGAGAGAUGUUUCGCUUUCCUCACAUUAGUCAGUGUGCUGACCUGGCCAUGACCAUAGAGCGCGACUACUACAGCCUGUGUGUGAAGCAGCCUAUCGGCAAGCAACUGUUCCAGCUCUUCUGUCGGAGUCGGCCCGAUCUGCAGAACUACAUCUCCCUGCAGGACGCUCUGGACGCCUUUGAGAAAAAGUCGGAUGAUUUGAGGAGAGAAUCUGGCUUAAGCAUCAUUCAGAGAUUCUUCAGGACUCAGUCCAUUCAGUGUGUGUCCAUCAUGCUGCAGCACGAACACAGCUGCAUCCAGAAGCUGGAGCUCGACCCCUGCCUGGACGUCUUCCACGACUGCAGAGAAGACCUACAUAAACUCCUGAGUGGCGAGCCUUUCAUCCAGUACCAGGGGAGCAUGUUUUUCGACCGUUUCCUGCAGUGGAAGAUGUUGGAGAGGCAGCCCAUCACCAAGCAGACGUUUAGACAGUACAGACUUCUGGGGAAAGGAGGGUUCGGAGAGGUGUGGGCGUGUCAGAUGCGAGCCACGGGGAUGAUGUACGCCUGCAAAAAGCUGGAGAAGACUCACGUGAAGAAGAGGAUGGGGGAAGCCAUGGCUCUCAACGAGAAAGAGAUCCUGGAAGGGCUGGACAGUCGAUUCGUGGUGAAUCUGGCGUACGCUUACGAGACAAAGCACGCCCUCUGCAUGGUUCUGACCAUGAUGAGCGGCGGGGAUUUGAGGUUUCACAUUCACAACAUCGGAGAGCCCGGCCUGGACAAAAAGAGAGUGCGCUUCUACGCUGCAGAAGUCUGCUGCGGUUUAAUUCACCUCCACCAGAAUUCAAUACUGUAUCGGGAUCUGAAACCAGAAAACAUUCUGUUGGAUGACAACGGACACAUCCGCAUCUCUGACCUGGGCCUGGCCAUCAGGCUGUCGGAGGGCAAACUGGUGCGAGGUGUAGUGGGCACUCUGGGAUACAUGGCUCCUGAAGUGAUCGGCCGCAAGCAUUACGGGAUGAGCGUGGACUGGUGGGGCCUCGGCUGCCUGAUUUACGAGAUGACCGCGGGGCAGCCUCCGUACCGGGUCAAAGGAGAACAUCCCAACGCCUCCGAGAUGGAGAGAAGGAUUCAGGCGGAACAGCUGGAAUACGGCGACAAGUUCAGCAAGGCGGCCAAAAACAUCUGCUCCUCGCUGCUAAACAAGGACCCAGAACAGAGGUUGGGUUGCCAGGGCUUGGGGGGGAGUGAAGUACAGGCGCACCGUUUCUUUCGAAAAAUCAACUUCCGGAUGCUGGAGGCCGGACUCGUUAAACCUCCUUUCAAACCUGAUCCCAGACUGGUGUACUGCAGCGACGUGCAGGACAUUGACGAGUUUUCUUCUGUGAAGGGAGUCACUCUGGACCAGACAGACAACAACUUCUACUCCAAGUUCAACACAGGACGAGUCCCUAUAGUCUGGCAAAACGAGGUGAUAGAGACGGGAUGUUUCAAGGAGCUGAAUACUUUUGGCCCUGAGGGAUCUCGAUCUCCAGACCUCGACUGGUCUCAGAACCCGGACAGCCCCAAACGCAGCCUGCUGGAUCGGCUCUUCCGCAAAAAACACACUUCAGAUGGGUUGGACGAAAGCAAACAGAACUUGAUUUCCCCUGAAAGCUACACAAAGUCCGGCCUGGUCAGCACCACCCACUGA